UUUCCUCUCGUACAGAAGAAGCUUCAAUGGCGCCAAAAACUCUCUGAGGAUCGCAUGGAAUGUUUUCAGGGACGAUCGUCUUCUUAGACAAAAACGGCUUACAGGUCCGCAUAUUGCAGGCUUAUCUUCCUCUGCAGCUUUGUAUUUCAAUGAAUUAGGGCAAUUUCUACACUAUUUCAGAAGGUUCUCUCGUACCAGAGGCUGGGAAGACGGCUUAAGUUCAGGGGAGAAGGCGUCAGAGGAUUUGUACACUGUAAAAGCAGGUUUAGAUGAAGAUGGAAGAGACUAAGUCCCGACCGUGUAUUUCCUAGAAACUGAAAUUGUCUCCUAACAAUUCGGAAGCAGUAAGUUCUGAAAGGGUUGGAGAUUCAAAUGCUUCAAACUUGGUAACGAAGACUGCUACAGCUCUUGGGGACUUCAAAUUAAUAGCAAUGUGGUCAUGUUUUAAGAACUAGCUGUAACUAGGGACGUCUUUGCCAAACCAGUGAAGGUGUCGUGGUGUAGUUGGUUAUCAUGUCGGUCUAACACACUGAAGGUCUUCAGUUCAAGUUUGAGCGACACCAAAUAGGAGUGACGUAAUUUCUGAGGUGGCACCCACGUAGACCGGUGGGUGUAUCCCAAAAUUUGUGGGGGUGCGAAGAGAAGAUGCGUUGAUAAACCCUUGCUCGACGCCUUUGCUAAACCCGGUGAGAAGAUAAAGAUGGCAUGGACUACAGUUCCAGCUUUCCAUCUCCUCCCUCCUCUCUUUGCGCUUCAUAAACCUAACUCUCCGCCGUGCUUCUUCUCCAAUCCUUCAAGUGCUCUGCAACACACACGCCUCUCGCCCACUCUCAGGCUUCCAUUUCAACCCUCCUCCUCCUUCGGAAACCAGAUUUGCAGGGCCGCCGAAUACAAAUUUCCCGACCCAAUUCCUGAAUUCGCCGUCGCUGAGACCGAGAAGUUCAGGGCUCAUUUGCUUACCAAACUUUCUAAGAAAGAUAUUUACGGGGAUUCGGUUCAAGAGGUCGUCGGAGUAUGCACUGAGAUAUUCAACACCUUUAUGCAUACUGAGUAUGGCGGCCCUGGGACCUUGUUGGUUCUACCUUUCAUUGACAUGUCUGAUACAAUCAACGAACGAGGAUUACCUGGAGGACCUCAAGCUGCCCGUGCUGCAGUCAAAUGGGCUCAAGAGCAUGUUGAUAAAGACUGGAACCUGUGGACUGGUGACGAUGGCACCUAACAAAAGUCCCCCUCAAGAGUAUAUUUUGUUGAGAUGGGCAGAGUUCUAUUGUUAUACCUGAUUUUCGAGUUCAGCUGGUUGCUUUCUUCUGGAUCUUUAUCAAAGGGAUUGUUGAUAUAUGAGCUGAAUUUGUUUUUGUAUGAACUAUCAGAGAUCUCUAGAAUGACGAGGAUAGAACUUAGAUAAAGCAAACAGAAUCCUUUAGCUGUCAUGCUGGACAAAAUUUGCAUCAGUGUAUUUCUAUAUGGCUUGAGCAAUCUUAGAGAUAUAAAACAUUUGAUGUCUUUAUGAACAAUCUAAAUUGUUUUAGCUGUACGGUAA